AUGGAUGUAAAAAAUGCUUUUUUACAUGGAGACCUCGAAGAGGAAGUCUACAUGCAACUACCCCCGGGUCAUCCACAAGCACAGAAUUCAGGAUCAGUUGGCAAAUUAGUUGUACUAAUCUAUGUUGAUGAUAUCAUCAUCACAGGUGAUAACAUUGAUGAGAUUCACACUCUUAAACAUUCUCUUCAUCAACAAUUUUCCAUUAAAGACUUAGGAGUUUUAAAAUACUUCCUUGGGAUUGAACUGGCCACUUCCCCCAAGGGACUUUUUUUGAGUCAAAGGAAAUAUGUGAUUGACUUACUUCAAGAAGUGAAGAUGAUGGAUUGCAAACCAACUCGUACUCCUCUUGAUAGCAAAUUGAAGUUGGACUUGACAGGAGAACCUCUCAGUGAUAUCAGUUACUACCAACGAUUGAUGGGUAAGCUUAUAUAUCUCACCAUCACCAGACCGGAUAUAACUUACGCCGUCAGUCUUGUAAGCCAAUUCAUGCAUGCACCCACUCAAGCUCAUUUAAAUGUUGUUAAAAGAAUUCUCAGAUACCUCAAAGGCUCCAUUGGUCGGGGAAUCGUCAUGAAAAACAAUGGUCAUACUCAAAUCAUUGCCUACACCGAUGCUGACCGGGCAGGGAAUGCUAUUGAUAGAAAAUCCACUACUGGCUACUGCACGUUGGUUGGAGGAAACCUCGUGACAUGGAAGAGCAAAAAACAAAAUGUAAUUGCUCGCUCAAGUGUCGAAGCUGAGUAUAGAGCCAUGGCUUCCACUGCAUGUGAACUCAUUUGGCUCAAGGGCCUUCUCUCGGACUUGGGGUUCUCAAUCAACACACCUAUGUCUCUUUUCUGUGACAAUCAAGCAGCUAUGCAUAUUGCCUCCAAUCCGGUGUUCCAUGAACGCACCAAACACAUUGAAGUUGACUGUCACUACGUUCGGGAACAAGUCCAGUCCAAGGUAAUUCAAACCACAUUCACUCGAAGCCAAGAUCAACUUGCUGAUAUUUUCACGAAGUCUCUUGCUUUUCCUCAGUUUCAAAGUCUGCUCUCCAAGUUUGGAUCAAUUAACCUCCUUGAUCCAGCUUGA